CUUACAUCAACAAUAGAAACCACCCACCUCACACACAACCCAGUAAUCCAUCAUCAUCAUGUCUGCCGAGUGGACCGACAAGGGCCCCGCCCCUCAAUCUGACGACUUCAAGAAGGCCGUCGAGGAGGUCAAGAAGCUCAAGCAGUCGCCGACCAACGAGCAGCUGUUGACGGUCUACGGUCUCUACAAGACUGCCGUCAACGACCCACACUUUUCCGCCGUCAAGGGCAAUGAGCCGUGGUCUGUCAACGUGACCGCCGCUGCUCAGAAAUGGCGCGCCUGGAAGGCUGUCGCUGACACUGGCAUCACCCCCGAGGAGGCCCAGAAGAAGUACGUCGACUUGGUCGGCGAGCUGAAGGAGCGUUACGGACUCGAGGCAUAAAUGGAGUGAAUUGAAACAUAAAUUGAAACAAC